AUGGCCUCCAUACACCCAAAAAAGGGCCAAGGACAGACACUCGUGAGCACAGCUGGUUCGCCAAUAAAAGUACCGAAACUUCCACGCGGGUUAAUGUUACCGGAACGUCAAUGGUCGGGUAUGACACAGCCAAGAUGUGCUACGGAGGACGACUCGUUACUUGAGAUUUCGGAUAUUUUGCCCGAAGAUACUAAGAGCUAUGACAAGAUGCGUCCUCCACAGUCGCAGGGAAACCCCACCGUUGUCUACUUUCAUGUCACUGUCAUGAGUCUGGACUCCAUCGACGAAAGUUCUAUGACCUACGCCGCGGACAUCUUCUUCGCCCAAAGCUGGAAGGACCAUCGCCUCCGCUUCCCACAGAACCUCACUGGAGACUACCGCUUGCUGCCUGUCUCCUGGCUCAAAGAUAUAUGGAGACCCGACGCUUUCUUCAAGAACGCGAAACAAGUGACGUUCCAGACGAUGACGAUUCCGAACCAUUAUCUGUGGCUGCACCUGGAUUCUACGAUCCUCUAUAUGGUCAAGCUGACUCUCCUUCUCUCCUGUGCCAUGAACUUCCAGUCAUAUCCUCAUGACACUCAGCAAUGUGCCAUGAAGAUUGAGAGCUUAUCUCACACCACGGACGACCUGAUCUUCGUGUGGGACCCCGUGGUUCCUCUCGAAGUGGACGACACCAUCGAGCUUCCUCAACUCGAUCUCGUGUCCAAUGAGACAGGUGACUGCACUCAGGUGUAUUCCACAGGAAACUUCACUUGUCUCGCGGUGGUGUUCACGCUGAAACGCCGCCUUGGAUAUUAUCUCUUCCACACUUACAUACCGACCUGCCUCAUCGUUAUCAUGUCGUGGAUUAGUUUCUGGAUUAAGCCCGAAGCCGUUCCUGCCCGUGUGACUCUGGGCGUGACCUCACUGCUGACGCUGUCCACGCAGCAUGCUAACUCACAGAAGUCGCUCCCGCCUGUCUCCUACAUCAAGGCCAUCGAUAUGUUCAUGUCGUCAUGCACUGUGUUCGUUUUCCUCUCCCUGAUGGAGUAUGCGCUGGUCAACGUCAUACUCGGGGAUAUGGUAGAUCACAGGCCCACCGGAGACACCAUGAUGAGGCGCAUAACAAGGAAGAUCACUAUACGCAAGCCGAGGCCCAAUAAUGUUAGGAGGAGGAACGGAGGCGAAAUCACCCUGGAGGAGGCCGAGAACGGCGGCCCCGGAGACUCGCCAGUCGACCCCCGCCUCGUCGCCCCCUCCCCCACCGUCUCCACCUCCCACGGCCCCCACCAGCAUCCCCCGCCGCUGCAGAUGUGCUCGAAAUACGGCUCGAGUCCCAACCUGGCGAGAACGAUGGCCGCCGAGAUGAAGGAAUCCCGCGAGAAGGCCAUCUUGGUGGACAGAUUCUCCCGCGUCGCUUUCCCGCUCAGCUUCACCAUCCUGAACCUGCUCUACUGGGCCGUCUACUUCGACUGGUAG